CUCCGUCUCCCACAGUAACUGUCCCAGUGUUUGUGUCCGUAUCCCUUUCUAUCUUCCAGCCUCUGGCUGUGCAACUCCUUAUCGUGAACGGAUUCGGCUGUCACUGACAGGCUCGAAUCUGUUUGUUGUGACCGCUUUCCCCCCUUCUCUCUGUCUGGGGAUCUCUUGAACUUGACCCCGGGAGUCAAGCCAUGGGGUCGAGCCUGGGCUGUGGGUGUCCGCUCUCGGUCCUGGGGUGUCCAGAUCAGGAAUAUUCAAACCACAAACCCCCUCGGAACUGGUCCCUCCGACUGUGCCAGGUUCGGGCUUCCCCGGGAGAAGUGAAGCGUCGGUUCCUGGGAUCAUGCGGAACCGAUUGGCUUCCCUUUCCUUGGCGGAAUUCGAUCCCUGGCGGUGGAUUCCUGGAGAGACCGGGGGGAGGGUCUCCCUCCUGCCUGUUGCGAUCCUGGGGAUUAGGGGUCGGCUUUCCAGGAUGCGGGGGAACCGGGGUGUGUAGAAGUCCCGGGCUGUGUCAGUGUCUCUGGUCAUGGUUGUAAUUAGGGUUUUGGAGAUUAUUUUUUCCCCCCUCCCGUGGACGGGAGGGGGGCGGCGGCUGGGGUCCCGGCGUGUUCGCCGCUCUCUCCGGUGGAAAGUUUUGGGGACAGAAUGAUCGCGAUUAUUUUCGGAACAUUGUGUUGACAUAAGCUGCUGUUCCGCCGCUUGGUUCCGCGUGAACGGCCCCAGCGGCUUGUGUAACAUGUUGUUCAACAAACAUUGCCAGAGACAGCGGGAGUCCCGGGGUGUUUGGGGGAAAGGGAAGGGGGACGGUGAGAGAGAGAGAGAGAGAGCCCGGCUUGGGGUGGGGGUGUACAUGGGGUCAGAUUCGGGGGGACGGAACGGGCGGCGGAGGAUUGCCUUCUGGUGACCGCGGUCCGGUCGGGGAUUGCCGGCGGGAACCGCGCGCUCUUUCUACCCCCACCUCCCCUCUCAGUGCGCCGCCCGUUCCCGGGGGGUUAAACCUAGCGACGGGGGCUUGGCUGCGGAAUGGGAUCCUCUCCCGGAAUAAUCCCAAAAUUGGUGAAACUACAGGACUCUGGUCCAAUCGUGUGCUUUUGGGGGAGGGGGGAGCUUGUGCUGGGUGAAGAGUGGGGAUGGCUUUCGGGCCAUCCUGCCUGUGCUAGCUCCAAAGGAAUCAAAGUAUCUCCACUUCCUCCGCCUCCGUGUAACAGGAGGCCGUUCAGCCCGUCCCCAGCACACUUUCCCAUUCCGAGACUCUGCUCGGGUACCUCCGUGAUGUCGGGGGUUCCCCCUUUGCCCCGGUGUGAAAUGUUCCGCCGUCAACGUGCCGGCGAUAGUCCCAUGAGAAUACUCCUACGUGGAGGCUGCCUUGUUACCCUGGGCAGGCAUGCACUCCUCCUCCUGUGACCUUCCCCAUCGGACCCGGAUCCCUGUGGACCCCCUCCAUGUGAACCUCCUGAUCCCGGAACCGUGCCAAUGAGAAACGCUCUCUCCCCUUAACACCGACCCCCCACCCCUCAAAAUCAGGCAAUAACCGAGUCCACUCAUCACCUCCCGCUGUCCGCGAAAUCCCUGGUGGUUGGGGGUGGCGGGGUGGAGUCUGGACGGUGUACCGGGGCGAGGCCUUGGGCGGUUCGGGCGAGGCAGGGGUGAGGGGGUGGGCAGGUUUGGAAACGGGACCGAGUUCCCGAUAAGUAGCCCCAGACCGCCACCUGCCGGUCUCCGCCGGUACUGCCACUGGAGCCCAGCUGGAGUGUGGUGGGGGACUGAGUGCGGAGUGGAGAAGGGAGGUUGUGGGGUAGACAGAGGAGGGCUCUGUGUAGGGGAGUGAUGGAGAAUAAGGGGAGAAAACCACCCAAAAUGUGGUUUUGUGGAGUUGAGGGGUGGAAGAGAUUGAGGUUGACUUGCCCAGGCGCUUGUGGUGGGGCUUAAGGUUGUUAGCAGUGGAAGAAGCCACGUGUCUCCUGCUGUUCCUCAGCUGAGAUUUUGUCCCCUAUUUGGGUUUGUCCCAAAGCACACUUCUGUUUCUGCCCAAUGUCCACAAAACAUCAACUGUAAUGACAAUCCGAUUUUUGUUUGUGAUGCUAUGGAGGGAUAAAUAUUGAGCUUAGGAAGUGGCAAGAACUUGCUGUUUCUUUCAAAUAUCGGGAGGAUCUCUUUUGCAUCUGUUUGAGUAUAACAAUUCAACAUCCUGUCUGGAAAAAAUGACAUCUGUGCCAGAGCAGGGCUCCCCCAGGUGGGCACAAAUAUGGCAGAUGGAAUUCACUCCACAGCAGUGUGAGACUUGUCACUGAACUGAACUGUUAUAGGGCACUGAAUAGGACACAAUGGCCUCAGCAGCAGAUAGCUGCAUCCAGUUCACCAGACAUGCCGGUGAUGUGCUGUUUAACCUGAACAGACUGCGAUCCCGAGACAUUCUGACCGAUGUCACUAUCUUGGUGGAUCACCAGCGUUUCCGAGCCCACAAGACAGUACUCAUGGCAUGCAGUGGUCUUUUCUAUGCCAUUUUCACUGAUCAGCUGAAGUUCAACUUGAAUUUGAUAAGUUUGGACCCAGAUGUCGACGCAGAGGGAUUUGGAAUUCUACUAGAUUUUAUGUAUACAUCCCGUCUGCCUCUGAGAGACAGCAGUAUCAUGGUAGUGAUGAAUACAGCCAUUUACCUGCAAAUGGAUCAUGUGGCCGACACGUGCCGUAGAUAUCUACAGUCGAGUGAAGAUAUUUGUUCUACAAUCAGUCCACCUCGGCAGGAGUUUCUUACCAGCAAUGCAGCAUUACCUCCAGAAACAUUAAGCUUUCGAAAAUCUGAAGUGACUGAAAACCUGCUUCGAGAUGCAUCAGUCCCUGAUGGGAGGGCUUUGGCCUCCAGUGCCUACAAUGUAAUGACUCCCUCUCCACAUCCUUAUUCUUUGUACAGCCAUAUCCCUGUUCACAGUUACUCUGCAAAUCCUUAUUUCAUUAAUAAGUUCCAGGAUUGCCAUGUCCCUUUGUCUGAAGUCCCCAAGCUCAGGAGAUACCAGGGUAACUGUGUACAGCACAACAGUGACACGGGUUUCACCAAAUACAGCAGCAGGUCUGUCACUGACAUUACAUCCAAUGUUUGCCACGCAACUGUUUUCUCUCCCAGAGAGAUCUGUAGGGAAAGUGAUGCUAAAAUGGAUUUGCACUAUAAUCAAAUUCCUAACUCCAAAAUGACCUUGCAAUCCAUCACCAAUAAUGUGGCGAAUUACUCUUCCUCACUGAAUGUUAACAGGAGGGUUGAAGAAAGCAAUGUCCCAAAAGAAGAUAGGAGAGGACUCUUGGAAUCCAGUAAUCUGCCAGUAAAUCAUAAAGGCCCCCUGAUUGGGCCUCGGAGCCCUCUGAAAUCUGACUGCCACCCCAACUCCCCAACGGAAUCGAGCAGCAGCAGGAAUGCAUUCAGGAGUCAGUGCUCUGAAUCUCCCACCGCCAAGAGCCCUAUCGACCCCAAAGCCUGUAACUGGAAAAAGUACAAAUUCAUUAUCCUGAACUCAUUGAACCAGAGCUCGAAAACUGAAAAUGGCAACCAGCUGGAACCCGAGAACAGCUCUCCUCCAACUUUCUCUGCCUCGCCUGCUCCUUACCGUCAGUCUUCUGAUGUUGAGACCCUGGGGAGCCAAACUCCAGCCAAGAUGGAUGUUGCUGGGGAUGAGCUGCACGUCACUCAGGCUAGCAAACUCAACAGCAUCGUCAACAGGUCAUCAGAUGAGUCUUCACUGGAUAACCAGCAACCAUCUCCUUUGGACACCUUUCCACGUAAAUGUAGCUCAUGUGAGUCACCAAAUCACCAACACCCUGAGCUGUGCCGCCACACACCUGUAUCUCACCUGGGAGAAGAACUGACUGAGACACAGUCUGAGCUCUCGGACUCCAGCUCAGAGAAUGGAUCAUUCUUCUGCAGUGAGUGCGACUGUAAAUUCUCUGACGAUGCCGCACUCAAGAGGCACAUGGUCCAAUCACACAGCGACAAGCCCUACAAAUGUGACCGGUGUCAAGCUGCCUUUCGUUACAAAGGGAAUCUGGCAAGUCACAAAACUGUGCACACAGGGGAGAAGCCGUAUCGCUGCAAUAUCUGUGGAGCUCAGUUUAAUCGUCCAGCAAACCUGAAGACUCACACACGCAUCCAUUCUGGGGAGAAACCGUACAAGUGCGAGACCUGUGGAGCACGGUUUGUCCAGGUAGCGCAUCUCCGAGCUCAUGUACUGAUUCACACUGGAGAGAAACCAUAUCCAUGUGAAAUCUGUGGGACUCGCUUUCGCCAUCUGCAGACACUCAAAAGUCACCUUCGGAUCCACACAGGAGAGAAGCCUUACCAUUGUGAGAAAUGUAAUCUGCACUUUCGCCAUAAGAGCCAGUUACGACUUCACCUGCGACAGAAGCAUGGAGCCAUCACCAACACCAAGGCCCAGUACCGUCAGCCUGCAGAGACGCAAUCAGAUCUCUGCCAAGCUCGCUGAUUGCUCACAAACUUGCACACAUUUGAGGAAAAUUGACUUUGUUGAGGUGGUGGAAUUUCUUUGAGUUAAGUUUUCAUUCAGUCUCCAUGUGGCAAACUUUACAACAGGUGUCAUCAGAUAAAACUCUAACGGGUUUCUUAAGCUUGUGAAAAGAAGUGCUUGCGAUUAUUCCAGUUAACAGACAUUGGAGUGUUUAGCUUUUAAAAGAUGCCUGUCUGCUCUAAUAUAAAGAAAUGUAUGAAUAUAUAUAUUUUUCCUGUGCAAAGCACAGCAGAGUUGUAUUAUUAUAUACAAGUGGGAAGGGUCGAUAUUUUUAACCAAAGUUUUAGCUAUGGCAGUUACAGAAUGAUGCUUCAGACAGAUUGUCUGCAGGCAGAGCACAGUCUGAACAUCUUAUUGCUUAAAGCACUUAAGAUAUUUUGUCUAUUGUGAAAAUUAUAUGUGCUUUUGAAGUAUUCUUUACAGUUGUUCCUGAAAAUAAGGUUUACAUUUUUGUCCAAAUGCUGUAUUCAUUUUUCAUUUGUGGUGUUCUUGUCUUGUUGACCAGAGCAGUUCCCAUUGGUGCCUUCUACGUGCUAAAGCUGACUCUCCCAAAGGUCUUGAUACUCCCUGACUUUUUACCCCUCCCUCAUUCCUUCCUUCCACCCCUUCCCCCAAGAUCCUGGAUCCCUCACUGCCCUGGGGUCACAGAGCUCCACUGUGAGCUUCCAACAUAAUGUUGGCUUAAAAACUGGGCAAUGAUUUGAGAAUUUUUAUCACAUACUGUACAAUGUAGCUGUAAGGAUGUAAUAAAGAUAUAUCGCACUGUC